AUGAAAUACUCGGCCUAUCUUGCAGCGCAAUUGGUGUCGUCGGCCGUCGCGUUAACCCUGGCGCCGCGGUCAGAGGCUUCCUCGCAGAACCCCAAAGUCGUCCGUGUCGAGACACAGCGCCGCAGCAUCGUGAAUCCUGUCGCACACGAUCAACUGAGGAGACGGGCAAAGACCGUCCAGCAAACACUCGACAAUCUAGAAACACUCUACUAUGCGAACGCGAGUCUAGGCACCCCGGCCCAGAACUUCCGCUUCCACAUCGACACGGGCAGCAGUGAUCUCUGGGUCAACUCGGCGACAUCGCAACUAUGUCAGUCCGGCGGGAACCAGUGCGGCGAGUCGGGCACUUAUCGCGCAAACGACUCGUCAACGUACGAAUACGUUAACAGCGUCUUCAACAUCUCCUACAUGGACGGCUCGGGCGCAGCAGGCGACUACGCGAAAGAUGCCUUUCGCUUCGGCGGCAUCACAAUCGAAGAUCUCCAGUUCGGUAUCGGCUACACGUCAAGCUCGACCGAAGGCGUCCUCGGAAUCGGAUACACUGCAAAUGAAGUAGCAGUCGGUCGUGCAGGCCUCGACCCUUACCCAAACCUACCCCAGAAACUAGUUGACGACAACACGAUCAACAGCAACGCCUACUCGCUCUGGCUCAACGACCUCGAUGCCUCCACCGGCUCCAUCCUCUUCGGCGGCGUCGACAGCGACAAGUAUGUGGGCGACCUCGCGACCCUACCCAUCAUUCCAGAAGAAGGCGAAUACGCCGAGUUCAUCAUCGCGCUCACAGGCAUGGGUCGAAACGGGCAAAACGGGUCCAUCUUCGCAAACGACAAUGUGCCCGUCCUGCUCGACUCGGGCUCCUCACUCAUGUACCUGCCCAACAACGUAGUCCGCUCGCUCUACCAGACCUUUGACGCGCAAUUCGACGCCCAGCAAGGCGCCGCCUUUGUAUCCUGCGACCUAGCCAACCAGCAAGGCUCCCUCGACUUCGUCUUCAGCGGCAUCACCAUCUCGGUGCCCAUCAACGAACUCGUCAUCGUAGCCUCUGUAUCCAGGGGACAAGAAAUCUGCAUCCUCGGCAUCGGACCCGCAGGCAACUCCGUCUCCGUCCUCGGCGACACCUUUUUGCGCAGCGCAUACGUCGUCUACGAUCUCGCCAACAACGAAAUCAGCAUCGCGCCCACAAACUUCAACUCCACCACCCAGAACAUUCAGGAAAUCCAAAAGGGCGCAGACGGCGUGCCAGGCGCUAGCGUCGUCCAGGGCGCUGUCAGUACAGCUGCUGUCGCCACCGGCGGUCCCCGCAUCAAUGGCCCUAAUAUCACGGGUGGUGGGACGCGAACGAGCACGGCAGCCGCCAUGCCCGGCGCAACGACGAACCCGUGGGUUGGUGGUGCGGCGGCGCUCAUGGGCGCCGGCGUGGUCAUGGGCUUCAAUGGCUUCUGA